AUGCAGCAGCCGGCACGGAAGGUCCGAAGUUGGUGUAAACUUCCCUUCGACCGUUCACACAACGGCGAAGCGGGGGAUAUUACCGAUCUCGCUGUACGAACCUCGCGUGCCGCCUGCAUGGACAAAAAGAAAAGGAGAGAAAAGGAGGGGCCAAGAAGACAAAAGGGUCCCGCGGUGUAUUGCAGUGCCGACGACGGUCAUGCAACAAGAAUCACGAGGACACAGUCACACCAGCACACGACCCACGCCUUCUGCUUUCGAUCUGUUCCAUUGAUCCCUCGCUUGUCCAUGAAAGCUGCAGGCGCAUCCUGCGGCGAAGAGGUCACCAAACCCCCUAAAGGGCCAGCAGGUGCGCACAGGGUCACAUCUUCCACUGUCCGAGUGCGGGUCGGACACGCCAAGACUUGCUUUGGCGUUUUAAUUAGCCGAAUCUCUGCUGUGCUGCCUGAGUGUGGCUUUCUUCCUUUCAAAAUGCGCUCAGGCCGCUGA